AUGAGCGCCGUGGUCACCCAUUUAGAUAUAUCACAGCUACCUUCGUUGAAAGAUGGCAUGUCAGCAGAAGAAGAAGCCACCAAACGACGAAAGACCUGUCGGUUCAUCGAAGAGGCCGGUCGCGUGUUAAAGUUGCCGCGGGUUGCCAUUUCCACGGCCAUGGUGUUCUUUCACAGAUUUUAUGCAAAACACUCGUUUGAUCAACACGAUCGAUUUGAAGUUGCCGUUGCUGCCAUUGUGCUGGCUGCCAAAACAGAGGAGUCUCCCAAGAAGCUCAAUGCGGUGAUUGUUCAAUGUCACGACUUGAAAACCAGAGGCAUGCAAGCUGGAAGGGUCAAGGGGUCCAAGCCUGUACCUCCUCCGCCAUCAUCAUUAGAUCCAAAAGGAGAGGAAUUCUCGAGACUAAAGGAACGGAUAUUACUCAUGGAGCGUGUCAUUCUACACACUAUUGGCUUUGAAUUGAGCAUUGACCAUCCCUACAAGUUUUUUGUCGAUCAAAUCAAAAAGUUGACUCAAACGCGUCAACUGGUCUACAAACAACCUCCAGAAAAUUUGAAUCCAACACAGACAUACCAAAAGAUGAUGAACGAGCUAGUCCAAUACAGUAUGAGUUUUGCCAACGACUCGAUGCACACCUCGCUUUGUCUCCAAUUCUCGCCCCAACAAAUUGCUACUGCCUGCGUCUACUUGGCGGGUCAAUUCGCCAAGGUGGAUGCUCCGGAAAAUUCGUCAUGGUCCAAGGUACUGGGAGAACCGGAUAUUGAAUCCUUGGCCAGUAUCUGUGUUCAGAUUUUGGAAUUGAUUGAUCCACGAAAGACGGGAGGAGACUUGGAUAAUUUCAAAAAGAUUCGGACUCAAUUGGAAGUCUUGAAACGAGCCAACAAGGGAAAGAUGAGUAGUGGUAUGGGUCCUCCUCCUCCUCCACCACCGCCGCCAUCGUCCGAACCCACUGCCAAACGACCCAAAACGGGAUGA